GCCGGCGUGUUCCGCGCGCGAUGAUCCGAGAGCACCGCGCGCAUUUCCCUGCCCCGUCUCCUCGCUUGGUUUCACCAGGUGCUCGGAUCUGCCGCGCGCUCACCACUUCUGAGCUUUAGAACACCUGUAAGCGUCGUGCUCGCACCGCGACGAUGGCGCAGACUGAGAGGCAGCCGCAGCCGGAGAAGAAGGCGCCCCGGGCGAGGCCGAUGUCGGGGAAGGCCGUCGUCAUGCUGUGCGCCACGAGCUUCUUCGUGGGGCUGCUGCUCAGCGGCCGGAUGGCGCUGGUGACGCCGCCGUCGGGCGAGACCUCCACCAGUCACGGCUCCGGGAUCCCUCUCUUCGCCGACGACUGCGACCAAAGCAGGCGUAAGCUGGAAGAGAGCAAGCCGAACGACAUCACGAAGGAGGUGACAAGAACGCACCAAGCGAUACAGUCCCUGGACAAGUCGGUGUCGUCGCUGGAGAUGGAGCUGGCGGUGGAGCGCGCCAAGCAGAACGGCGGCCUGGGCGUGUCGGCGCCGUCCCGGGGCCUCCCCAAGGCGUUGGUGGUGGUCGGCAUCAACACGGCCUUCAGCAGCAAGAAGCGGCGCGACUCGCUGCGGGACACCUGGGUGCCCCGUGGCGACAAGCUGCGGCGGCUGGAGAAGGAGAAGGGUGUCGUGGUCCGCUUCGUGAUCGGGCACAGCGCGACCCCCGGCGGCGCACUGGACCGCGCCGUCAACGUCGAGGCCGCCGCGACGGGGGACUUCCUGCGGCUCGACCACGUGGAGGGGUACCACGAGCUGUCGGCCAAGACGCGGGCCUACUUCGCCACCGCCGUCGCCACCUGGGACGCCGAGUUCUACGUCAAGGUCGACGACGACGUGCAUGUCAACCUUGGGAUGCUGGCGACCAGGCUCGCCAAGUACCGGGCCAGGCCAAGGGUCUACGUCGGGUGCAUGAAGUCCGGCCCCGUCCUGUCGCAGAAGGGCGUCAAGUACCACGAGCCGGAGUACUGGAAGUUCGGCGACGAGGGGAACAAGUACUUCCGCCACGCGACGGGACAGAUCUACGCCGUCUCCAGGGACCUCGCAUCCUACAUCUCCAUCAACCAGCCGAUCCUGCACCGGUUCGCGAACGAGGACGUGUCGCUCGGCGCGUGGCUCCUCGGGCUGGAGGUCGAGCACGUCGACGACCGCAGCCUCUGCUGCGCCACGCCGCCAGACUGCGAGUGGAAGAAGCAGGCUGGGAACGUGUGCGCGGCGUCCUUCGACUGGUCGUGCAGCGGCAUCUGCAAGUCGGUGGACAGGAUGAGGGCCAUCCACAGCGCCUGCGGCGAGGGCGACGGUGCCGUCUGGAGCGCCGCCGCCAUCUGAUCUCCGACGAUCGAUCCACCACAUACAUGAUGAGCGCCAGCUUUCUUUUUGAAAGUGUUUCUUUUGUUUAUUUCCAUCUAGAAUUUUCUGGAACUCUCGGAAACCAAGCGGCGCUGUCUGAGAAUUCAGAAUUGCGUAUACGUCCUCACCACGUAUACUAGGCACAGGUGGUGGUUGUGGGCUUGUGGCAUGAUGCGAGCAUGUGCUUGUGGAAUCAGAACUUCAGAAGAUCGUCCUGUUUUGCUUUGCAAAAUUGCAAGGGAUUGAGCCCAAUCGCAAUACUGCUACAAGCCUACAACUCUCUCAUGUGGAAUGACUUCUCCAAUUCGCGAUUGCCUAACUCUUGGUCCUGCCAAACGAAUUGUAAUGAGUAUGUUUUAUUAUUCCUUUCGAGAAAUGGUGAUACUAUCAGAUGCCGAAUUAAUGGCUGC